CCUCCUUGCGCCGGGCGCGGGGCGGGCCCGGCCCGGGCCUGGCGUGGCCCGGAGGAGGUGGCUCCGGCCGUGGAAGCGGCUGUGUGCCCAUGGCGGCCGCGGCGGAGGGGCCGCCCGAGGCCGGCGCGCAGCCAGCCAAGCAGGAUCCUGCUAUUGAAACUGCAGAGGAAGCUAAGGAGCCAGCAGAAGCAGAUAUCAAUGAACUCUGCAAAGACAUGUUCAGCAAAAUGGCCACUUACUUGACAGGUGAACUGACAGCCACCAGUGAAGACUACAAACUCUUGGAAAACAUGAAUAAGCUGACUAGCUUGAAGUACUUAGAAAUGAAAGAUAUUGCUAUAAACAUCAGUAGAAAUCUGAAGGAUUUAAACCAAAAAUAUGCUGAUCUUCAGCCAUAUCUGGAACAGAUAGACCUAAUUGAGGAACAGGUUGCAGCUCUGGAGCAGGCAGCUUAUAAACUGGAUGCAUAUUCCAAAAAACUUGAAGCCAAGUACAAAAAACUGGAGAAACGAUGAAAUUACCAUAGUCUGUAAGCUGGAGCUGGGCAUGAAUCCGACUGAUCUCUGGUUUUGCACAGCAGUAAUUCUGUAUGUUGGCAAGGAUUUGGUUUACAACUGACAUGGAGACUGGGACUUUUUCCAGCUAUUGGUAGGCUGUGUUCAGGCAUAAGGCUGAAUAAUAUUUUCCUCUUCUCAAGGGGUACUGUUGCCUCAGUUCUGCAGUGAAAAGUAGAAGCCUGUCUUUAACUCAUGUCAGUAUUGGCUAUAUGUGUGUUAGUCCUGUUCUCCACAUGAAAUACUUGGUCUAGGGAAAGUCUUCCAUAAUCUGUAAAGACAUUUUCCCUUAGUAGCAGCUGGACCUAAACUUCAAUUUUUCUUUCAUUGGGUUCUGUGUUGGGAAGAUACCUGGAACUUUGGACUUAAUGGGUGGGGUAUUGAAAACACUUCAUUUUGGUGUCCCCUUUUAUCUGUUUGAAAUAGAGAGACAAAUUUACAAUAAACUUGCUGUAUAUAUUU